UCUCUACAUAGAUGGAUAGUGAAAGGAAGAAAGAAAGAAGAAUUGAAUUGUAGAAGAACUAGCCGAAAGAGAGAAAAAGGAGAAAGAAAAGAUGAAAGAGGGGAAGCGGCGUGGCCCAUUCACGGCAAUAGUAGCGAAAAUCGGUUCUUGUUGUUUUCGUGAUUAUCGGAGGAUCUAAUUUAGGAUCUAAUUCUGAGCGAUUUCGGCUGCUGCUAUGGCCAAGACUGGAGUUUUCGAGGGCGAUCCGAGGCUCCUCGCCAAGGCCACCGAGUUGAAGAAGGAGUUGCAGAGACUGGUCAAGGCCAUUGCCGACGACGAUGACGACACUGCCGAUAAUGUGAAGACCAUCGAUCGAGCCACUCAGACGCUGUGUGCAUUGAAGGAUUUGAAGAAAUCCAAGAGACCCCUCUCCCUCAAACUCCUCCACCGCGACGACGAGAACGACACCUCCUCCUCCGCUUGUCCCCACGAGUUUCGCUGCCCUCUUUCCAAAGAGCUCAUGCGAGAUCCCGUUGUCCUCGCCACUGGUCAGACUUAUGAUAGACCCUUCAUCCAAAGGUGGCUAAAAGCGGGGCACCGGACAUGCCCCCUCACUCAGCAAGUCCUCUCACACACUCUCCUCACGCCUAAUCUUUUGGUCCGGGUGAUAUCCCAAUGGUGUAAAGAUCGCGGCUUACAAUUACCCGACCCUGUUCAGUAUUCCAAUGAGGAUGGGUGUACAGAAGCUGAUCGAGACCUUUUUAUCUCUCUCCUUGAGAAGAUGUCUUCCACUCUGUCUGAUCAGAAGGAAGCUGCGAGGGAAUUGCGCUUGUUGACGAAGAACAUGCCUUCCUUUCGUGCACUUUUUGGGGAGUCUCUUGAUGCCAUACCCCAACUGCUCAGCCCGCUCUCCCAAACCAGGUCUCAAGCUGACAUUCACCUGGAUCUUCAAGAAGACUUGAUCACCACUGUUUUGAAUCUCUCAAUCCACGACAAGAAUAAGAAGUUUGUUGCAGAGACCCCAAUGGUGAUUCCUAUUCUUAUGGAUGCAUUGAGAUCUGGAACAAUAGAAACGAGGAGCAAUGCAGCUGCGGCCCUAUUCACAUUAUCAGCCCUGGACUCUAAUAAGGCACUGAUUGGAAAAUCGGGGGCCUUGAAGCCACUGAUAGACCUUUUAGAAGAAGGGCAUCCGGUAGCCAUGAAAGAUGUUGCCUCGGCUAUUUUUAACCUGUGCAUCAUGCAUGAGAACAAGGCAAGGGCUGUGAGGGAUGGUGCAGUGAGAGUGAUCCUAAAGAAGAUAGUUAACCGUGUUGAUGUUGAUGAGUUGUUGGCUAUCCUGGCAAUUCUUGCAAGCAAUCCAAAGGCCGUUGAAGAAAUGGGAGAGCUUGGAGCCGUUCCUUGUUUGCUUAGUAUAAUCAGGGAGAGCUCUUGUGCUCGUAACAAGGAGAAUUGCAUUGCCAUACUCCACACCGUUUGUUUCAGUGAUCCAACCAAGUGGAAGGAAAUGAGGGAAGAGGAGAAUAAUUAUCGAACAAUCUCACAGCUCGCUCAGAAUGGCACUUCGAGGGCGAAGAGGAAGGCAAGUGGCAUCCUUGAAAGACUGAACAGAGCGGUCCACCUUACCCAUACCGCAUAAUGGGGAGGUCUGAAAUGAUGCAUUAAUCUCUAAGUUCAAGAUAUGUGUAAAUUCUAGAUCUUCUCUGCAUCACAGAGGGCACGCUCGUGGCGCCCCACCCAACCUCCAUCUCCAUGUUGUAAAUUCUGCCCCUUCCCUUCUCUGGCCUUGAGUUGUUGUACUCUCAGAUGAAUGAGCUAUAGUUACAGCGAAUAACUAUGAUGGAAAUGGGAGGAAGCUCUCUCUCUCUCUCUCUCAUAUUUGAUUGCGCAAUGCAAUAGUUGAUGCACAUGGCUUACUCAACAGAUUGCUUUGA